GCCCGAAUUUCAAACAGCAAAGCUGCGGAGGGGAAACGCUACGUCAAAAUGUCAUUUUAGUGUUAAAAGUCUCUGUAAACUCGAUCAAGUUACGUUUUUAAAAGCAACUCUUGUUUUCGGUCGUCCUGUAAUGAAAGCGAGAUGAACAUUGCCACGUAUAUACAGUGUUUUGAAAGCAGCUUGUCGUCCUACACAGGAGAUGAUCUUCUGGAUCCGUGGGACAAGUUUGUGGAGUUCCUGGAGCAGAAACUCGCCGCUGCCAACGGCGGCGCUGGUGCCAGCAGCGGUGAGAUGCUGCAGGUGUUGGACGCUCUGGUCCACAGGUUUCUGGGUGUGGAUCAAUACGCUAACGACAGCAGAUACAUCAACUACUGCAUCAGAUGUGCGAGUCAGCGCGCCGACCCCAUGGCUCUAUACAGCCUGGUGUUCAGUAAAGGCGUCGGUACCAGGACCGCAGCGCUCUACGUGGCCUGGGCUCAGCAGUGUGAACAGAAGGGACUGAACGAACAGGCGGAGGCCGUGUUCCAGAAGGCUGUGGAGAACCAGGCUCAGCCGGCCGACACCGUGCUCCACGAGUACAGGCAGUUCCAGACCAGGACCAGGACCAGAACCCAGCUGCCAGGAGGGCGGGCCUUACUGCAGAACUCCCAGCUGACCAAUCAGAUGCCGUCCCACUCCGUCAGUCAGAACAAGCCAUCUGAUUGGCUGCUCAGGUUUCCUGCGCACAGAAUGGUCACCGUAGUGUCCCGCUCGGAGACGUCAGGAACCCUGCCCCCCAGCUCCGGCCUGCAGGCUGUGUCUCAGUACACGAAGGAUGUUCUGGUUCUGGAGGGCUCGGAGUUGUGCUUUGAGGAGGUGCGAGCGGAGAAGUUCUUCAGACAGCUGCGGGACGCGCAGGAGAAGCAGCAGAAAGCGAGCAUGGAGCUGCAGCUGAGACAGCAGGAGGACAGAGUUCAGAGGAUGAAGUGUUUGUUGGACCAGGUCAACCAGGAGCUGGAGACCCGAGCAGCUGUCAGCGGCCAGACGUCUUGUCAGCAGGUCAGAGCUACAGAACCAGAUGUUGGACCUGUGUCGGUUCCUCCAUGUGUCACAAACCUGCAGCUGUCAGCAUCAGGACCAGCCCGCCUCCCCACAGCCCCCAGCCGCCUGAGCAGCCGCCGCUCCCUCGGCCUGAGCCUACGGGCUGAGCCCACCUUCAUCCAGAGACCCCCCUCUGUCCCCGAUCCUCUGCAGGAGGUGUCUCAGUGUCCUUCAGUCCUACCAGAACCAGAUGUCCAUCGACCUGUGGGUCUGGACCACAUGAACCGGUCCCUCAUCAGAACCGCUGAUGUUCUCCAUCAGAGCAGCUCCCAAAGCCACGGACCCUCUGAGCCCCCGCUUAGGGACGCCCCACUGAGGGACGCCCCGCUGAGGGACGCCCCGCUGAGGGACGCCCCGUUGAGCGACGCCCCGCUGAGGGACGCCCCGCUGAGGGACGCCCCGCUGAGGGACGUACCGCUUGUCCCAGGGAGGGGCAGCUAAUGUGUCCCACAUCACUCCCAACACCUCCCUGGGCUACGUUCAGGCCACGCCCUCACGCGUCCUGCCGUCUCCCACCGUCAACACGCUGGAGGCCCUGGGUGUGAUCAUGGACAUGUUCCAGGGCCCAACGUUCCUGGAGGAACCGCUGAGCAAUACGUCUGUCCUCCACGCUGGUGAGAGGGACGGUGACACCAGAACCCGAGGAGGCAUCUCCUCGGUACCAAAGCCCCCCACCACCCCCUUCACCAUCUACCAGGACGAGGACAAAGAGAACUGCAGUUCUGCAGGUCUGUCUGAUAAACACAAAGUGGGCGGAGCUCUGGCUGAGCUCAGCGUGCCGAAGGCGGACAAAGUCAGCGACACGGGUCCGGACCUGAUGCCUGAUGAAAGUACCAUGUGGGGUCCUCGCUACAACUCGCUGGCCGCCUGUCCCAACAGCACAACAGACUUCGCUCUUCAGGCCCAGUUCGUCUCCACCCCAUUCACCCACAAAACCCCGUGCAGCACCAUCUUCUUCCCGGACCAAGAGAGUGCAGCUGAUGGAGGAGAAGCAGAAGAGAACCUGUUCAUCACAAGUCAGACCAAAAAACUCAGUCCCAUCAUAGAGGAGAGUCCCAGUGACGACAAGGGGUCCAGGUCUGCCGUGGGCCAGCUGCCCCUCUCAGUCAGGCAGGGGACCAUCGUGGGUGAAGGACUCACCUCCACCUCCACCACCCUGAUGCAGGCCCCGCCCCCUGCCGUCCUGUCCUUCAGAGACCAGACCCUGUGUCCCACAGUGUCCUCCAAAGACCAGACCCUGUGUCCCACAGUGUCCUCCAGGUCUGCUGGACCUGGGUGGGAGGUCUACACCAGCCCUGAGCAGCCUCCCAAACCGGGCCCUCUGAGUUCAUUCAGACCCCAAACUGAACCGUUUACGAUCCUGGAGGAUUUACAGGAACCGGCCCGACCUGAGCCAGACCAGAACCUGGACUGUGACGUACCAAUGAGUCCUGAAUGUGCCCUCAAAUCAAACUGGCUCCAGGUCCAAACCCCCCAGGCCUCUGCUGAGCAGGACCUGGAUGCGUACCUGAGUCCAUGUCGCCCUAAGACCUCCAUCAGGCCCCCAGAUGUUCCCAUGAGUCCAGAACAGCCCGGGUUCUGUGCCGACGUGCCCAUGAGCCCACAGCAGCCCGACGCCGCGGAUGAACCUAUGAUGAUGAGUCCGGAUCGAGGACUGAGGCCGACUGCUGGGGUCCAGCUGGUCCCUGAUCCCUGGGACAGCAACCUGAUCUCGGACCUGCUGUCCCGACUCGACCCGCCUCUGACCUCUGACCCCCGCUGCUUCACCUGGCAGCUGGGGGUCCCCAGAAUCUCCCCGAAGGUCACCAUCAGCGUGGGCAAGGCGUCCCUCAGGGUGGAACGUGUUCUUGGAGAAGGAGCCUUCGCGACGGUGUACCAGGCCGUGGACCCUGUGAGCUCAGAGAAGAUGGUUCUAAAGGUCCAGAAACCAGCCAACCCCUGGGAGUUCUACAUCAACACUCAGCUGGACGCUCGGCUGCAGCCCCGCCUCCGUCACCUGUUCAGCAGCGUGCGCUCGGCUCACCUGUUCCACGACGGCAGCGUUCUGCUCGACAAGCUGCACAAGUGUGGCACCCUGCUGAAUGCGGUGAACACCUACAGGUGGCAGGGCACCUCGAUGCCUCAGCCUCUCGUACUCUACUUCACCGUCUGCAUCCUGCAGAUGGUGCAGCAGCUGCAUGCUGCCCGCAUCAUCCACGCCGACAUCAAACCUGACAACUUCAUGCUGGGAGAGAGGUUCCUGGAGAACGAGUGUUUGGACCCAGAGGACCCGGACCACGGCCUGGUUCUCAUCGACCUGGGACAGAGCAUCGACAUGACGCUUUUCCCCGAAGGCACCGCCUUCACCGCCCGCUGUCUGACCUCAGGCUUCCAGUGCACCGAGAUGCUGAGCGGGAAACCAUGGACGUACCAGACGGAUUAUUUUGGGAUAGCAGGAACAGUUUACUGCUUGAUGUUUGGGACGUACAUGAAGGUCACAAACGAGGGUGGAGUGUGGAGGACAAACGGACACUUUAGAAGGGUCCCCCACAGUGACGUGUGGUUGGACUUCUUCCACACGCUGCUCAACGUGCAGGACUGCGGGUCGCUGCCGAGCCUCCAGAACCUCCGUCAGAAGCUGGUCUCUGUCCUGCAGGACAAUUACAGCAACAAGCUGCCGGCGCUGAAGAGACUCCUGCUGGUCCAGCUGCUGGAGAAGAGAUGACUUCCUGUUUCCUGUAACAAACACAAGCCUGCUCCUGGACCUGGACCUGGAUCUGGUCCUUGCUUUGCACCCAAACUCCCAGAAUCAGUAGGACAUAAAACUGUGUGAGGUCUUUUCAGAGGACCAGAGGAGACACAAACAGGGUUUAAGCUUGAUAUCCAGUAGAUUUCCACAGUUUAGUUUGGUUUCAUUUGCCAGCUGGAAAACUUUUU